UCCAAGAGGGGAAGACCAGGAGAAAGCUGGAGAGAAGCAAGGAGUGGAGACGAGAGAGAGAGUUCUUCCGGUCCUAAAGCCAUGAGCCUCCUUGGGUGGGGGCUUCUGCUCGGCUGCCUGGGCUGUGCGCUCCCGCCGGGGGCCCGGGCGCAGUUCCCCCGAGUCUGCAUGACGGUCGGCAGCCUGCGGGCCAAGGAGUGCUGCCCACCGCUGGGCGCCGACCCCGCCAACGUCUGCGGCUCCCGGGAGGGCCGGGGCCAGUGUGCGGAGGUGCAGACCGACACCAGGCCCUGGAGCGGUCCUUACGUCCUGCGCAACCUGGACGACCGAGAGCGAUGGCCCCGGAAGUUCUUCGACCGGAUCUGCAGGUGCACAGGAAACUUCGCCGGCUAUAACUGUGGAGACUGCAGGUUUGGCUGGACCGGCCCCAAAUGCGAUCAGAAGAAACCAUUGGUUGUCCGGCAAGAUGUCCAUUCCUUGACCCCUCAAGAGAGGGAGCAAUUCUUGGGCGCCUUAGACCUCGCAAAGUACACUCCGCACCCCGACUACGUGAUCACCACGCAACACUGGCUGGGACUCCUGGGGCCCAAUGGGACCCAACCACAGAUCACCAACUGCAGCAUUUAUGAUUUCUUUGUGUGGCUCCACUAUUAUUCUGUCAGAGAUACAUUAUUAGGACCAGGGCGCCCAUACAAGGCUAUAGAUUUCUCACACCAAGGACCUGCCUUUGUUACCUGGCACCGGUACCACUUGUUAUGGCUGGAAAGGGAUCUCCAGCGCCUUACUGGCAACGAGUCCUUCGCUUUGCCCUACUGGAAUUUUGCCACAGGCAGGAACGAGUGUGACGUGUGCACAGACCAGCUCCUCGGGGCAGCAAGGCAAGACGAGCCGACCCUGAUUAGUCAGAACUCCCGAUUCUCCAGCUGGGAGAUUGUCUGUGAUAGCUUGAAUGACUACAACCGCCGAGUCACCCUGUGUAAUGGAACCUAUGAAGGUUUGUUGAAAAGAAAUCAAAUGGGAAGAAACAGUGAGAAAUUGCCAACUUUAAAAGACAUACAAAAUUGCCUGUCUCUCAAGAAGUUUGACAAUCCUCCUUUCUACCGGAACUCUACCCUCAGCUUCAGGAAUGCCCUGGAAGGGUUUGACAAAGCAGAUGGGACCCUGGACUCUCAAGUGAUGAGUUUUCAUAAUUUGGUUCAUUCCUUCCUGAACGGGACAAGCGCUUUGCCACAUUCUGCUGCCAAUGAUCCUGUUUUUGUGGUCCUUCAUUCCUUCACCGAUGCCAUUUUUGACGAGUGGAUGAAAAGAUUCAAUCCCCCUGCAGAUGCCUGGCCUCAGGAGCUGGCACCCAUUGGUCACAAUCGGAUGUAUAACAUGGUUCCUUUCUUCCCUCCAGUGACUAAUGAGGAACUCUUUUUAACCGCAGACCAACUUGGCUACAGUUAUGCCAUUGAUCUGCCAGUUGCAGAAACUGCAGACUGGACCACAGUGCUCUCAGUGGUUACAGGGAUGCUUGUGGUUUUGGUUGUCCUUUUUGCACUGCUGCUUUUCCUUCAAUAUAGAAGACUUCGAAAAGGAUAUACACCCUUAAUGGAGACACAGCUAAGCAACAAAAGAUACACCGAAGAAGCUUAGAUGCUCACGCCUUGCUCUAGUGAACAGGCUGACCAAGCCGUAGUUCUGACUGACAAUCUGCAAGUGAAUCCUCACUGUUCUUCCUUUCGUUGAAGAGCUUUGGCAUAGCCCCUUCUGUUAUGGUGAUGAUCCCAAGUACGGAAGAUGCUUCACUCUAGUUUCUGGUUUGCUUGUUUAUUUAACAAACAAGCUAAAGUGCUUGAGGGUAUCUCUACCAUCAAACAAAGGUAGAGCUGAUGACAACUGGUGGUAUCUGAUAAUAACUCCCCAUACUGAUUGAUUAAGCCUCCUCGUGUUCUGACCCCCCAAAAUCGAUAAGAGUGGACUCACU